CUUCUCGCUGUAGCGGAAGUCACUCUGUUGCGCUCGUUGACAGGUUCCGCUCUUCUGCUCUGCUGUGCGUGUCAGAUUCCGAUUAUUAGUUAACUUAUUGAUUAUUGUAAUAACACUCUCUAACAUCGACGACUUCAGCCGCAGCUGGACACGACCAUAGCGGUGAACAUGAUAAAAGCCAUUCUGAUAUUUAAUAAUCAUGGCAAACCACGACUGUCGAAAUUCUACGAGCAUUACACUGAAGACACAGAGCAGCAGAUCAUCAGAGAAACGUUUCAUCUGGUUUCCAAACGAGACGAGAACGUUUGCAACUUCCUGGAGGGCGGAUUGUUAAUCGGCGGCUCGGAGAACAAGCUGAUCUACCGACACUACGCCACCCUGUACUUCGUGUUCUGCGUGGAUUCGUCGGAGAGCGAGCUGGGCAUUCUGGAUCUGAUCCAGGUGUUCGUGGAGACGCUGGACAAAUGCUUCGAGAACGUGUGUGAACUCGACCUGAUUUUCCACAUGGAUAAGGUUCAUAACAUCCUGGCUGAGAUGGUGAUGGGCGGCAUGGUGCUGGAAACCAACAUGAGCGAAAUCAUCACGCAGGUGGAAGCGCAAACCAAGAUGGAGAAAUCUGAGGCCGGGAUCGCGGGAGCUCCGGCGCGUGCUGUUUCGGCCGUCAAGAACAUGAACCUGCCAGAGAUGCCCAAGAACAUUAACAUCGGGGACAUCAGCAUCAAAGUGCCAAACCUGCCAUCUUUUAAGUAGUGAACACUGGCCUGCACACCAGUCUUCACAGUGAAACUGUGUUUACUAGAAUGCAAAGCAGAUAUUGUGACAUCACAAUUGAUGAAGGCACUGUGUGAUGAUGGCUGUAAAUGAAGUAUUUAUUUGAUUCUUCUGUCCUCUGUGUGUCUCGCUGCAGUGUUGGAGGUCGUGAGUGUGUGUGAGUGUGUCUGUGAGUGUGUCUGUGAGUGUGUGUGUGUGUGUGUGUGUGCGCGCGCUCCGAUCAUCACUCCUAACAAACAUUCCAGUAUGGAAAUCUCAAUCAUGCUGUAAAUGCCUAAAUUAUAUUGCUAUAUGUGUGUACUCAGAGUAUAUUUAUAUAUGAUUUGUCUUCUCUUUUAUUAUGCCGGUAGUUUUGCUUUGGUUUUUAAGUGGUGCAUGUAUUUCCUUUUGCAACAAAAUAAAGUAUCAAAUUAUUUUUUCUUCUCUAA